AUGCAACGAUUAGCUGCAGGUAUUACCAUUCUCUUAUUGUUUAUUCUAAGUUUUUACUCAACUGAUGCUAUUCGUUGCUAUGUAUGCAAUACGGUAGACACUAUUGGUUGUGGUACAAAAAUCAAUACAGCAAAGCUGAAUACUACUAAUACUACGUAUAUAGUUGCGAUAAAUUCAACACAAAGAUGCACAAAACAUCAGCUGAGUGAUCUAUAUAUCCGAGGAUUUGGUGAUGCAACUGCAUGUCCGCAUGAUGAGGAUACUUGUAAUAAAACUUCAAUUGCCGAUCUUACAGUAGCUGAUUGUUGUUGUAAUACAGAUUUAUGUAAUGGUGUUUCAUCGAUUCAACAUCAAUAUUCUAUUCUUAUUUCUGUUAUUACUGUAUUCAUUAUUAUUAGGAAAAUAUUUACUAUAUAA